AUGUCUUCACCAAAUAGAAGAAGAGACCUUGAUCUCACAAAGCUAAUGAUGAGUAAUUAUGAAGUAACAAUGGCAGCAGAAUCAAUGGCAGAGUUUUAUGUAAAGUUUACUGGACCAUCUGAUUCACCGUAUCAUGGUGGUUCGUGGAAAGUUAGAGUGGAAUUACCACCCAACUAUCCCUAUAAAUCUCCAUCGAUAGGGUUCAUCAACAAGAUAUAUCAUCCAAAUGUAGACUUGGCAUCGGGGUCUGUGUGCUUGGACGUUAUCAAUCAAACCUGGAGUCCAAUGUUUGACCUCAUCAAUAUUUUUGAAGUAUUCCUUCCCCAACUAUUAUUAUAUCCAAAUCCAUCCGAUCCUUUAAAUGGUGAAGCUGCUUCUUUAUUAUUAAAAGAACCAGAAAAAUAUAAACAAAAAGUUAAAGAAUUUGUAAAUAAAUAUGCUUCAGAGAAUAGUCAACAAGAAGACAGCGAGUCGGAAAGUGAUCUAAGUUCCUAUUCAGACGAUGAUUCUGAUGCAAAUCUCGAUGACGAUAGCGAUAACGAUAACGACACAAAGACAAAGUUCCCAAUAGACAUUUAG